CGGCGGCAGCGGCAGUGGGAGGUUGUGGGCGGGGGCCGCGAUGCCGGCGGUGUCGAAGGGGGACGGGAUGCGGGGCCUGGCGGUCUUCAUCUCCGAUAUCAGGAACUGCAAAAGCAAAGAAGCAGAGAUAAAGAGAAUAAACAAAGAACUGGCAAACAUUCGGUCAAAAUUUAAAGGUGACAAGGCCCUGGAUGGCUACAGUAAGAAAAAGUAUGUCUGCAAGCUCCUUUUCAUUUUCCUCCUGGGCCAUGAUAUUGACUUUGGUCACAUGGAAGCUGUGAACCUGCUGAGCUCAAACAGAUACACGGAGAAACAGAUUGGAUAUCUCUUCAUCUCUGUUCUAGUGAACUCUAACAGUGAACUCAUUCGCUUGAUAAACAAUGCAAUCAAGAAUGAUCUGGCCAGCCGCAACCCCAUCUUUAUGGGACUAGCUUUGCAUUGCAUUGCCAAUGUGGGUAGUCGGGAGAUGGCAGAAGCAUUUGCUGGAGAAAUUCCAAAAAUACUUGUUGCUGGAGACACCAUGGAUAGUGUGAAGCAGAGCGCUGCCUUAUGCUUGCUCCGUUUAUACCGAACUUCUCCUGACCUUGUUCCCAUGGGAGACUGGACAUCUAGGGUGGUGCAUCUUCUCAAUGACCAGCACUUGGGUGUGGUUACUGCAGCUACCAGUCUGAUUACCACGUUGGCACAGAAGAACCCAGAAGAGUUUAAAACUUCAGUCUCUUUGGCAGUAUCUAGGUUAAGCAGAAUUGUGACUUCUGCAUCAACUGAUCUUCAGGAUUAUACCUAUUAUUUUGUCCCUGCUCCUUGGUUGUCUGUCAAACUGCUGAGGCUGUUACAGUGCUAUCCACCUCCAGAAGACCCUGCUGUUCGAGGUCGUCUUACAGAAUGCUUGGAAACUAUUUUAAACAAAGCUCAAGAACCCCCAAAGUCGAAGAAAGUGCAGCACUCAAAUGCAAAGAAUGCUGUGCUGUUUGAGGCAAUAAGCCUAAUUAUACAUCAUGACAGUGAGCCAAACUUGCUAGUCCGUGCCUGUAACCAGCUAGGUCAAUUCUUACAGCACCGGGAAACUAAUCUGCGUUACCUAGCACUGGAAAGCAUGUGCACACUUGCCAGCUCUGAAUUUUCCCAUGAGGCUGUGAAAACUCACAUAGAAACAGUUAUCAAUGCACUGAAAACUGAAAGAGAUGUGAGCGUACGACAGAGAGCAGUAGACCUUCUCUAUGCCAUGUGUGACCGAAGCAAUGCCCAGCAGAUUGUGGCCGAAAUGCUGAAUUACUUGGAGACUGCUGAUUAUUCCAUUAGAGAAGAAAUUGUGCUAAAGGUCGCAAUUCUAGCAGAGAAGUAUGCAGUGGAUUAUACCUGGUAUGUGGAUACUAUCUUGAAUCUCAUUCGCAUUGCUGGAGACUACGUGAGUGAAGAGGUGUGGUACAGAGUCAUUCAAAUUGUGAUCAACAGGGAUGAUGUGCAGGGUUAUGCAGCCAAGACCGUAUUUGAGGCCCUUCAAGCACCAGCCUGCCAUGAGAAUCUGGUCAAAGUAGGUGGCUACAUCCUGGGAGAAUUUGGCAAUCUAAUAGCUGGUGAUCCAAGAUCCAGCCCUUUGAUUCAGUUCAACUUGCUACACUCCAAGUUUCAUCUAUGCAGUGUCCCGACUCGUGCGCUCCUUCUGUCUACUUACAUCAAGUUUGUGAACCUCUUUCCGGAAAUCAAAACCACCAUUCAAGACGUACUGCGCAGCGACAGCCAGUUAAAGAAUGCUGAUGUUGAGCUGCAGCAGAGAGCUGUUGAGUAUCUGAGGCUCAGUACUAUAGCUAGUACUGACAUCUUGGCAACAGUGCUAGAAGAAAUGCCUCCCUUUCCAGAGAGGGAAUCCUCUAUUCUGGCCAAGCUGAAAAAGAAGAAAGGCCCUAGUACUGUUACUGAUCUGGAAGAGAUCAAAAAAGAGAGGAGUUCUGAUAUGAAUGGAAGUGCUGAACCCACACCUGUUAAUGCCAGUAAUGUAUCAACUCCUUCUCCAUCUGCAGACCUUCUGGGUCUUGGUGCAGUUCCUCUGACCAAUUCUGCUCCUGCACCUUCCUCUAGUGGCAGUUUGCUGGUGGAUGUAUUUUCAGACUCUUCCUCUGUGGCUGCACCUCUUGCUCCUGGCUCUGAAGACAACUUUGCAAGUAGCUCUGACCUGGCUUCAUCUGAGGUAGUUUCUGAGGAACCAGCUGAUGCUGUGCAUGAUGCUGAUGAGCUUAUACACAAAUUCAUAUGUAAAAACAAUGGAGUGCUGUUUGAGAAUCAACUGCUCCAGAUUGGACUAAAAUCAGAAUUUCGACAGAACUUGGGUCGGAUGUUUAUAUUUUAUGGUAACAAGACUUCAACACAGUUCUUGAAUUUUACUCCCACAGUAAUCUGUUCAGAUGAGCUGCAGUCAAGCCUGAACCUUCAGACAAAGCCAGUAGACCCCAUAGUGGAUGGGGGUGCUCAAGUGCAGCAAGUUGUGAACAUUGAAUGUAUAUCUGACUUUAUGGAUGCUCCAAUCCUAAACAUUCAAUUCAGGUAUGGGGGAACACUUCAGAAUCUUUCUGUAAAACUGCCCAUCACGCUGAAUAAAUUUUUUCAGCCUACAGAGAUGUCUUCUCAAGACUUCUUCCAGCGUUGGAAGCAGUUGAGCAGUCCGAAGCAAGAAGUACAGAACAUCUUCAAAGCAAAACAUCCAAUGGAUACAGAGAUCACAAAAGCAAAAAUCAUUGGCUUUGGCUCUGCCCUGCUGGAAGAGGUAGACCCCAACCCUGCUAAUUUUGUUGGUGCUGGCAUAAUACAUACAAAAACUAUCCAGAUUGGAUGUUUGCUGCGUCUUGAACCCAACCUGCAGGCACAGUGUUCUGUUCUCUUUCAGAUGUACAGGCUUACCCUACGAACAAGUAAAGAAGCCGUAUCUCAGAGGUUAUGUGAACUGCUGUCAGAACAGUUUUAAUAGUAAAAGAUUGGUCCAAUUUUUGUCUCCAUUUCUUCCAUUGUUGUCCUCCAUCCUACUGCAAAUAAAUGUCUUGUAUACCAAUGUCUGAGUAUUGCAACAUGUAACCUGCCUGCCUUAAAAGGACUUGUCCCUUCAUUUGAAAUCAAGACUAAAAUGUACAGUAUAAAAUGACUUUUUAUAGAUAAAAAUCAUGGCUUUUUAGCUUCUGCUACACAAGUGGAGGCAUCCUGUGGUUUUUCCUGUGGUGGACUUUUUAAGGGAAGCCAUCUUUAAGUGUGAUAACUGUGCAUUUUAAUUUGAAACUCCACUGUAAGUUGCUGGGAGCAUUCUGCCUUAGUGCCUUUACUAAGUGCACCUUUCUGCUUUGAGCUAAAAGAAACCAAACGUAACACUCUAAGCUUAGUUCAGAUGUUAGUUUGACACCAGAAUGACUCUUUUAACUACUCUGGAUUUAGAUGGCCAGAUGGGAUGAGUGUGGGGAACUGAAAUCGUGAGUGAAGUGCCUUUAAGGCACUGUUGUAGUCUUUGCUAGCCAGGGAAGACAGUCCAAAGUAUAAAUUUAAUCUUGUUGAACAAAAUGCCAUUGCAUAUUAAAUGUAUAGCAUUGCUGUGCAGAAAUGCCCAUUUGACAUCCUGCAUUUCACAAUUUUUAGGACCAAAAAAUUUACAGGACUAAUGCUGAUUUUCCUCAGCUUGACUAAUUUUAGUCAUUCUCAGUUGUUUUAGUUAAACACAGGAGGCUAGAAAGUCCAUUUGUUUUUGUUUUUUUCUGUUCCCUGUCAAAUUUAGUGAGAGAUGCUCUUCCCUGCUUUCAUUGUGCAGAGUUGGUUAUAAUGACUUCUUGCAACAAAGAGGAAACGGGAGGGGUAGGAGGUGGGAAUCAUUCUGUCUAACCCAUCAAAGUGGCCAUGCACAGCACAAUAGUCUUCAUUCUUUAAGAGAUUAAAAGAUCUAACUUUAAAACGAUAUUUUUCUCACAAUCUAUGACCAGAAUGCUAGUUGGUGAAUGGCUUUUGUUGCAAUGCCCUGUCUGCUAGCAGUGGUUAAAAUCUUUUACCGGGCAUAUUACCUAUAUGUUGGUUUCUUUUGAGGUAGAGUAGAAAGGUCAUAAGCAUUUGGCUUUUACAGUGGUUGUCAUGACAAUAUGCAUUGUUACUGUCUUAUAGCAGCAAAGAUUUGCAGCUCCUCUGAACAAAUUGUUAGAUGGUCUUGUUAUGUCUGUCAGACCUACACCAAGGGUUACUACAGCUUAGCCUAUUGGGAUCUGCAUUUAAAACCGAGUAUUGAUUACUAUCGUGAAAUAUGCGCAAGAUGGAUUGAACACAAAGAAGUGUCUCCCCUUGCUGAAGGUACAAGCAACCACAUGUUACAACAGUUCAUGUGCAACCAACUGUACAGUGGUGUGAUUAUAGUACAGUGUUGAGACUGCACGCUAAAUAAGGCUUCUGCCAUGCUGUCCAGUGCACUGUGGAAAAAAUGGAUUGUGCAUGGCAAAGUGCCUCAACACUACAAAUGUCUUACAUGACUUCAGGCAGUGGAACUAGAUAAUGCAAACUUGGUUCAGUCAGGGGCCAGUGAUACAUUUGAAUGUUUAUUGAAAAUGAAGGACAAGAUUCAAGAUUUGUCAAAUGUGUCCAGUUACUUUUUAGAUGCUACACACUUUUGAAUGCCCAAGCUGAAACUAUAAGCAGAGGCCAGGUUUGAAAGAAUAUUGAACCCCUUAUUCUCUGAAAAUUGGUCUUUUUCUUUUUAACAUCAUCUUCUGUGGGGCAUCAGAAUUGCUAGCCCUUCUUGGAAAUUGCUCACUAGCAUCUCCUGUAGCCACUUCUUUGACACUGGAUAGAUGACUGUAUCCAGUCCCAGUGAUGUCCCAAAUAUCUUUCACAAGAGGGGGUCUCCCAUAAGUCCUUUUAAUGGUCUCAUUUUCAUGUAUUUGUUCUCUGUGCUGUCAGUUGCUCUUUAUAAAAAUAUGAAAUGUGUAAGCCAAGCUCUGUUUUAAAGUGAGACCUGCAGCAGGUGCAAAGGAAGAGCUGCUAUUUCAUCCUUAAAACUAUAUUGUGCAUCUGUUCCUCUGGAAAUGUAUCCUGUGUUCUUGUUAGAUACUUUGAGACACACUGUGUACUAUCUCUAGUCCACUUUUGGUUUGGUUCAAACUGUGGUGAAUUGUGCAUUAAAUAUAGGGAGGAGAGCAGAAAGGUAAAUCACUCUUUUUAUAGUAGCUGUACUAAAUGAAACACCUCUGGACAAUGUCCAAAUCUGUAUUGGAUGACAUGGCUCAUUGAGCCAUACAAGCAGUGCUGAGAACAGAACUAACAAACACUUGUUUGCUUUGUGGAAUGAUUUGAUUUUUACCAAAGUGUAUGAUGCAUCCUCCCAAGCAGAGACUGUUUCUGCAGUGAAAACAGUAUUAUUGUUAAACAUACAGUAUUUUAGUCAUUGAUAUGUGAGAACUGAACAGCAAGAUGGAUUUAAAAUUAUGCACUUUUUGACCUAUGCUCCAAGGUGUGACAGUUUUAUGGUGGCUGUUUUCAUUUCUAUAAAUAUAAUUCCGCCAAAUUAAGUGGAUAAUUUUUCUUAAGACUCUAUAAAGAUACUGGAAAAACAAAUUCAUCAAAAUAUAUAUCAUUCAAUGGAAAAUAAAUGGCUAGAACAGUAAACUGAAA